AUGGGAGGUGUCUACGUAUCUCUCAGUGAGCAAAAACAGCAAGAUGCCACCCUUACCAUCAAAUCAAUGGCUAUACAGCUUGGUAUCAAUCUGGCUGUUGCGUUGGUCGUCUUGGCAGGAUUCAGUUGGGUGCGACCAAGGCAUUCGCUGGUCUAUGCACCCAAAGCAAAAUUCUCUUCGGCAGAAAAACGUCCCCCUGUACUUGGAUCGGGUUGGUUUGCCUGGCUUAAACCUGUGUUUUCUACCUCGGAUUCAUUCUUGCUCGAACGCAUUGGUUGCGAUGCAGUGCUUUAUUUACGAUUUCUACGUCUCUUGCGUCGAAUGACUGGAUUUAUGGCAUUCGUGGGUCUCUGCGUACUACUUCCAAUUAACAUUGUGGCAACUAAAAAUACAGGAGAUUGGCCACCAGCACCUGGUCUUGAUUUCCUUUCUAUAUCGGGGAUCAAUUAUCUUAAUGGUAAAUUAAGUGCUAACCCUGACACACGCUGGUACUGGUCACCAGCCGCAGCAACCUGGCUAUUUUCACUCGUAAUCGGAUGGGCAAUGUAUAGAGCAUCGUGUGACUAUAUCGACAUGCGUCAAAAGUUCUUUCGCAACACAGAUACGAGCCACAAAUCACUAAUGAUUGGAAAUGUACCUGAGGCCAUGCGGUCGGACGAGAAAUUAAAGAAGUGGCUGGAGACUUUUAAUCUCCAUCACCCUAUUCAACAGGCCAUGAUGGGACACCACAACGCAAAACUCACAAAACUUACCAAAGAACACGAGGAUGCCGUCUACAAAUUAGAAAAUGCCCUUGCUAGUUACCUCACUGAUGGAAAGGCUGUAGCAAAGAAGCGACCAACUGUACGAGUAGGUGGAAUUGCUUGUCUCGGUAAAAAGGUUGACGCAAUCGAUUAUUUCACUAAACAAGUAAAGGACCUCGAAGACCAAGUCCUCAAAAUGCGCAAGUCUAAUACAAAAAUCGCAAAUUACGGUUGGAUUUCCUUUAAGAAAAUUCAAUGGGCUCACAGUACGGAUCGAGCCCUCGAAAAAAUCUCCAAGACCAUGUCAAAACCUGCUUUUAAUGUUCGACUCUCGCCAUCUCCUAAUGAUCUUAUCUGGCCAAACCUACCUAUGGACGCUAGUACGCGCAAAACAAAGCGAUGGAUUGGAAGAAGUUUCUACAUUGCCUUCAUUUUUGUCUGGAUGAUUCCUGUGGGUGCACUCUCAGCCACUUCAAAUGUGAUCAAUCUUAUUCGUCUAUUGCCCAAUGCUGAAACUUUCAUUACCGAACAUGAAAUUCUGAUGGGUAUUGUCCAGGCCUGGUUUACACCUAUUAUAACAGCUAUCUUCUUUUUUGUACUUCCAAUGAUAUUUCGAUAUAUCUCAAAGAUUCAAGGAUAUCGAACCCAGACCACCCUCGAUCGUAAAGUACUCAUCAAACUUUACUUCUUCUUUAUCAUCAACAACCUGCUGGUGUUUACUCUGACAUCCAUUAUAAUUGGCUUGUACGGUCAAAUCAAGGUUCUUGUUUCGUCUGGUUCGUUACCUACAAACGAGAGCAUGAAAGAGUACAUAGUUCAGCUGGCCAAGAACAUCACUGAUGUAUCGACAUUUUGGAUAAACUAUGUGUGCGUAAAAGGGCUAGGCAUGACGAUGGAAUUGGCUCAACUUCUACCUCUGUGUACUAUCACGCUUAGUAAAAUGUUCACUCGUCCAAGCCCCCGUGAACUUCGAGACAUUGCCAAACCACCCGAGUUUGACUAUCCCCAAAAUUACAAUCUCCUGCUCUUCUUUUUCACUAUCGCACUCAUUUACAGCGCGAUGGCACCACUUGUACUACCCUUUGCAUUUGUAUACUUUGCCAUUGCAACCAUGAUUUACAAGUACAUGCUCAUGUAUAUUUAUGUCACCAAGAUUGAAAGUGGUGGUAAAAUGUGGCCCGUUCUAUUCCAAACGGUGAUGUGCUCCGUUCUUUUAUUUCAACUCAUCAUGAUCUUGGUUUUGAACCUCAAAGGUGGACACAUCCAGUCUUAUAUCUUGAUUCCAUUGCCUUUUAUCACCGUUGCAUACCAAUACUUUUACAGCCGUCGCAUACAUGUUCUCGGUUCUUUCUUGAUUGGGACAGACGAUACACUGGAUUAUGUUGAGGAAAGUACACCUAUGGUCCAGCCUGAGAAACACACCAAAGAUUCAUCAAAGGAUGAUCUUUCAAAGCAAUACCAAGAUCCUUUCCUACAUAACAAGCUUACUACUCCAAUUGUACAUGAAAAUGUCAAGCACCUUCUUCCUCAGGUGUAUAACAGCUCUACUGAGCAAAAACCAAGCAAGAGCCAUCGUAUUCCGGAAGUUAUUGAGAUGACACAACAGUUUGGAAAAAAGAUUCGUCAUGAAGUAGAUCUUGACGAGCGCAAUGGAUUUAGCAACCGCCAUAAUAAGCGUAAGACAGUUCUUGCAAUGGAUAACGGACGCAAACUUGAGUUUGGCACUUUAGACGAAGAGGAGAUACAGCAGGGUAUAGACGAAGAAUCUGAACACGAAGAUGAGGCAGAUAAUCUGAAUUCAAUUGCUCCCCUUCCUUUCAACGACUUGCCUAUGCGUAGAGUGCCUACCCUACAGAGUGAUAUAGAUGAUGAGUCUCGUGGUCUAGUGAAUGGCAAUUAUGCUAACUCAUACUGGCAUCAGCAGAGGGACCCUUCUUCGGCCCAUGAAGAUCUCAUCAAGUACAACAACACAGUUCAACAAGCAAGAACUGGACAGCCUAGCUUUGAUAUCCCACGUUCAAUUCCUCAGAAUGAUGUUCACAAAAACAUAACUCCAGCUGCAGCAGAAUAUACACCACCUGGGUCUCACAGACACGCUGAGCGCAAUGUUACUUCUGAGUUAAUCGAUGUUUACACUUCCUGGACCCCAGAUGAAAAGACGCAUUAUGAACCAGAGAUUCCUAGUGAACGCGAAAGUAAAAUUUUGAUGGAGGAAUUUGAUAUUCGACCUGUAUCUCUACAUGAAUUUGGUUUACCACCUCCUUCUAUUCCUCCACAUGCACCUAGUCACCCCGCUACUUCCUCUCGUCAAUCGAGACGUUCGUCAGCACCAAUGCUUUCUACUGUACCUUUUGUUACUCAACCUAAUGUUAAGGAACCCAUGGUCGCGAAACGGCGCCACUCAUUCCAAGAUGAUCCCAGCAACAUGGUUGUCCUACCUCAUGUCAAUCUCUUCCGUCAAACUUCUUCCCCUGCUUGUCUUGUCCAUCGGCGAGGUCAAAGGUCGUCACAGCGCAGACAGAUUGGAACAAACUUGCGGGUUGCUGCUUUGCAACGUAGUCAGACACUUCCGUAUAGACGAACUGCUCCACAAGACGACGACCAACAUGAACAUGGUGACUUUAGAUCUAUUGGAAAUAGACAAAUCAAUGCACAUGUUCAAGAACAAACAAUAUCAUCGGCAACAGUUGAUGACUGGGGAAGCCGCCAACCAUAUCGCAGAAACAGGACUUUGGAACAACAAGAAGCUCGGCAACAAGAAAUCGAGCAAGAGUAUCAGCAAACUUCGUCAAGAAAUUACCAACUAACCAAUUCAGAGCCACCGCCCCCACCACCCCAUCAUGAAUCCUCUCUAGCAGAGCGCGAUUCAAUGGGACCUACUCUAAACCUUUUGAAUUUGGCUCACCCGCAAGGCAUGGCUUCGUCUACUAUGAGUCUGGAACUCAUUAGACAGCAGUACAUGGAUUCCGUAUCAGAGGAUAAAGACUUCUUUUAAGCGAAUAAUUCUUUUAUACUGACUCUUAUAUAUAUAUAUGUAUGGAAUAGUUAUUACAUAGUAAUUCC